ACAUCCGCCACAUUUCCAAACUGCAACCCACGUCAAAACAGGUGGCCCACCAACGAUUCACUUCCCCCAUCCCAGGCGGCGGCGAUCGUAAAUUCGCAACUUCUCCCACGCGGCGAUCAACGAGCGAUGAUGAGCUCCAGGGCCGGAUCCAUCCUCCUCCGCCACGCCGGCUCCCGUCUAUUCACCGCAGCGGCGGUCUCACCGGCGGCGGCCUCGAGGCCAUUGCUCGCCGGCGGGAGCAACAACGGUGUCCAGGCAGUCAUGUUACGCCUGAUGUCCACGUCCUCCCCCGCCGCCGCCUCGGAGGCGAAGGACGAGGCAGCCAAGGCCUCCAAGGAGGGAGGGGACAAGAAGGCGGUGGUGAUCAACAGCUACUGGGGGAUCGAGCAAAACAACAAGCUGGUGCGGGACGACGGCACCGAGUGGAAGUGGACUUGCUUUAGGCCAUGGGAGACGUACACGGCGGACACGUCCAUUGACCUCACCAGGCACCAUGAGCCCAAGACGCUGAUGGAUAAGAUCGCCUACUGGACCGUCAAGUCACUACGCUUCCCCACGGACAUCUUCUUCCAGAGGCGGUAUGGCUGCCGGGCGAUGAUGCUGGAGACCGUAGCAGCGGUGCCCGGGAUGGUGGGCGGCAUGCUGCUCCACCUGCGCUCACUCCGCCGCUUCGAGCAGAGCGGCGGCUGGAUCCGCGCGCUGCUGGAGGAGGCCGAGAACGAGCGCAUGCACCUCAUGACCUUCAUGGAGGUGGCGAAGCCGAGGUGGUACGAGCGCGCGCUCGUCAUCACCGUCCAGGGCGUCUUCUUCAACGCCUACUUCCUCGGCUACCUCCUGUCCCCGAAGUUCGCGCACCGCGUCGUCGGCUACCUGGAGGAGGAGGCCAUCCACUCGUACACCGAGUACCUCAAGGACCUCGAGGCCGGCAAGAUCGAGAACGUCCCCGCCCCGUCCAUCGCCAUCGACUACUGGCGCCUCCCCGCUAACGCCACGCUCAAGGACGUCGUCACUGUCGUGCGCGCCGACGAGGCUCACCACCGCGACGUCAACCACUUUGCAUCGGACAUCCAUUGCCAGGGCAUGCAGCUGAAGCAGUCCCCUGCGCCGAUCGGAUACCACUGAGGCUGUUUGUGCUCUGCUGAAUUUUGCAUCGCUAAUAAGCAAAUGAGUGUUUUUUGUCUUAAGGGAAAGAAAUAAUGCUUAUGAGUACUACUACUGCGAUUAGGAUAUAUUUUCCAACCAGUGAAACCAUUUUAUUUUAUGUACGCCUCACUGAGUCACUGUCGUCUUUAUCAGAGCAAGCUUACUCUACAUAUCUAUGUACAUAUCUUUGAGUGUGACAGGUGCUUUUCUGGCGUUCAUCAA